AUGAAGGGGGGAGAAGAAAAUAACGCCACGACGCCCCCCACAGUACUGUUGCCACCCGGCGUUUACACCACAGCCCCGACUGUGGAGGAUGCGUUGGGAGAUGCCACCGUUCGUGACGGCACGGCGAUGGAAGAAAUGAACCCGCAUGAGAGGGUAGAGCCGGCAUUGAUGAGGCGCUUUGAUAGGCAUCGGCGUCUGCACCGCGCAAUGGCGGCGAGAGAAGCCACCCUGCUGGAAAUCACGCAACUUAUUUUGGAUAAGUCCGCCCCGGAGAGAACUGAGCAGUUCUCUGGGCAGCGCAAGGCAACCGGGGUUGGGUCUCAUCCACUGUCCACCACGCCUGAAAAAGGCACCGGUGCAGAGAACACGACAAUGAAGUUGUCAAAGGCACCUUGUCCCAACGUGCCGCUUGAAUCAGGGAUGCGGCAGGAUAUUAAUGAGGCAAAACGGUCAAAAUCCAUAGAUAUUGAACAUGCCAAGGAACGGGCGCAACUUGAAAAACUUGUGUAUGAUCUUCGCCGGGAGUUGGAGGCUGCAGGCCAUACGUUACGCGAUCAGACAGAAGCCUUGAAGUCAGUAGGUAUGGGAAUGGCGCGAAUGGGCCCGCAUCGAAUGGCAAAAACGCAACGCGAGAAAGAAAACGCAUCAUCUAUUGACCCCUGGCGUGAGUUUGAGAACUUUGUGGACGUGCAAGACUUUGGAAGGUCUUUUGCGCGAACGUCGCUCGGAGGCACAAGCUACAGCUUACGGUCAAACAAAGGGCAGGCAGCAGCCAUGUGGUUGGCCGGGUUUCUUUUUUUUUCUGGGAAGACGUGGGGCUGA